AUGGCGUCAGCGCCGCAGUCCUCCUCGUCCUCGAUCACGGCGACCGAGGCCGACGUCGAGGCCCAGAAGCCCGUCAACAAGGCCAACUACUUCCACCUCCUCUUCGACCAGGCCGGCGUCACAGAGGCCGUCCUCGAGCGCAAGUACCCCGGCGAGGGCACCCAAGAGUCGCCCUACGUCGUCGACUUCCUACCCGAGGAUGCCCACAACCCCCAGACCUUCCCCAAGUGGAAGAAGUGGACAUACACCAUCGAGCAGGCCAUCGCCACUCUUGCAGUCGCCUUUGUGAGCACAGCCUACUCUGGCGGUAUUGCCGAGGUCAUCCGUGACUUUGGCGUGUCCACCGAGAUUGGUAUCCUGGGUGUGUCUCUGUUCGUCGUGGGAUUCGCCGUCGGCCCCCUGAUGUGGGCUCCCCUUUCCGAGCUGUACGGACGUCAGUACCUCUUCAUCGCGACUUACAUCGCCCUCACGGCUUUCAACGCUGGUGCCGCCGGCGCCCAGAACAUCCAGACGCUCAUCAUCCUACGCUUCUUUGCCGGCACCUUUGGCGCCUCGCCCAUGACCAACGCCGGCGGUGUCAUCGCCGACAUGUUCAACGCGAACGAGCGUGGCCUGGCCACGGCCAUCUUUGCUGCCGCUCCCUUCCUCGGACCGUCUAUUGGUCCCAUUGUCGGUGGAUUUCUCGGUGUCGCCGAGGGCUGGCGCUGGAUCGAAGGCCUGAUGGCCAUCUUUACCGGCAUUCUCCUUAUCGUUGUCGGCCUGACGGUCCCCGAGACCUACGCCCCGGUCCUCCUCCGCCGCCGCGCCGAAAAGCUCUCCGAGAUCACCGGCAAGUCGUACCUCUCCAAGUACGAGGCCCACCAGCCGCGCAAGACGGUCGCCCAGCAGUUCAAGGUUGCCCUCUCCCGCCCCUGGAUCCUCCUCUUUAAGGAGCCCAUCGUCCUCCUGACAUCCAUCUACAUGGCCAUUAUCUACGGCACCCUUUACAUGCUCUUCGCCGCGUUCCCCAUCGUCUUCCAGCGCCACCGCGGCUGGUCUCCUGGCGUCGGCGGCCUGGCUUUCCUGGGUGUCGCCGUCGGCAUGAUCGUUGCCGUCAUCUACACCGCGUUCGACAGCCGUCGCUACCUCAAGGUCUCCGCUGCCCACGGCGGCUUCGCCCCUCCCGAGGCCCGCCUGCCCCCUUCCAUGGUCGGCGCCUGCCUCCUGCCCAUCGGCCUCUUCUGGUUCGCCUGGACCAACGGCCCCGAGAUCCACUGGAUCGUCUCCAUCAUCGCCUCGGGUUUCUUCGCCGCCGGCCUGGUCCUCGUCUUCCUCAGUCUGCUCAACUACCUCAUCGACUCGUACGUCAUCUUCGCCGCCAGUGUCCUCGCGGCCAACUCUGUCAUGCGGUCCCUCUUCGGCGCUGCUUUCCCGCUCUUCACCACUCAGAUGUACGAGAACCUGGGCAUCCACUGGGCUUCGUCCAUCCCGGCCUUCCUCGCCCUCGCUUGCCUGCCCUGCCCCUUCCUCUUCUACAAGUACGGACAUAUCAUCCGGAGAAAAUGUGCUUUCGCCGCCGAGGCCGCCGCCGUUCUGGAGCGCAUGCGCAAGACGAACGAGGAGGUCAACGAGGACGAAGCCAUGGCCGAGGAGGAGAAGAACGAGCACGCGCACACAAAGUCUGCCUCGGCCAGCGAUGGCGGCGUGCUCUCUGAUGACGAGCGGACUGUGGAGGGCGAGCUCCGUGAUGACGAAGCUGCCCGCAAGGUGCAGGCUUAG